CGGUCGAUGUUGAUCGGGCCAAGUCGUCGUUUGCGCGGAGUGCGAACGACCAAUCGAGCGGUUCUCGAACGGGUUCGUUCGGGUCGGUCGUCGGACGGUGCGCGGGACAGUAUAGGAUUUAGUCGUUCUUGGCAGUUCUUGGUGUCGCUGUUCCCGCAAAAUACAUGGAUACAUCUCGGCCGUCUCGCGUUCGCUGAUCCACUGUAUGUGCGUCGCCGAGAAGAGCCGUACGCGUCGUUAUAAACUCAUUGUGAGAAAGAUAGCGAGACAGAUUACGCGCGAGAAAAGCCUGAUGGGUGUCAGGAGGACAGCGAGGGGACGAGGGCAGGCCUCGUACUCGCACCUCGCGGUCGUUGUCGCAUCGUCGAGAUCGCCGUCAUCGCGCCGUCAUUCCGUCAUCGUGCCACGAUCAGCAUCGAAAUCGGCGCGCUGGUUCCUGUUAUGCGCGCACGUCAAGCACCAGGCAAAGUGUUUAUAACUGCACGACGUUCACGUCGGUGCUCGUGGCGGAGAUAUUGGAAAGGGCGGCGAGAAGGAGGUGAAACUCGACAAGCAGAAGCGGUGAGAGAGAGAGAGAGAGAAAGAUAGUAGAUAGAGGGAGCAAAAGAAAAAGAGAGAGAGAAAGAGAAAGAGUGAGUGAAAAGAAGUGACAGAGGGACAGGUGAAGCGCGAGAAAGAGGGAAAAAGAGGCACGAGCUCCGAAGAGAGAAGCGAGAGAGAGCGAGAUCGGCCGAGACGGAUAGCGACGCGACGACGUAUUUCUUUACCCGAAGAGAGAAAGAAAGAGAGAGAGAGAGAACCGAGUCUCUCUUAUCCUGUGCUAGUUUGGUGUGCGUCCGCGACAACGGAAUUCCAGACUUCCUCUGUGGUUCAACGGUAUUUUGGCAGCCUCGGAUAUCGUUCGCGAGCUUGAUUCUGGAUAACCUGUUCGCGGCGCGCGCCAAACUGUCAUCCGCUCGUCAGGCGUGACAGUUCGUCACUGCCGUCGGUUUGACAGAGCACCGCAUCUCAAUUUUCCUGUCCUGUUCUGUUCUGUCAUUCGUCGCAACGGAUCACGAUGUUUACGGGUACGAUCAAGAUCGAGAUCUGCGAGGCGAUGGGACUUCGCGCGACCGACAAGCAGCGCAAGUUCUGGCAGGAUGAGCCUAUACUCGAUCCGUACGUGCAGUUGGACGUCGACGAGAAUCACCUGGAUCGCUCGACCACGAAACCGAAGACCUUCGACCCGGUGUGGAACGAGUGUUUUACCUACGAAGUGCAGGACGCGGUCAUGCUGGGCCUCACAGUCUUCCACGACGCGGCACUGCCGCCGGAUUACUUCGUUGCCAAUUGCAGUAUUCCGUUCGAGGAGCUCGUCAACCGAAACGGCAAAGCUACCGACUUCUGGGUUGACUUAGAACCCCAGGGAAAACUGAGAGUGAAGAUAGAUUUGCAAUGGAAUGAUCAAGAUCGACAGUCAAGUUGCGGCACAGGAGGCGAUGGAGACAGUAUCAGUGGUAGAAGCAUCGGCAGUAUCAAUGCCAGCAAAGAACCGCGCCGAGAAUUUAAGGAGAGACAGGGCUUUUAUCGUCGGAGGGGUGCGAUGCGACGAAGGAUUCAUCAAGUGAAUGGGCACAAAUUCAUGGCUACCUUCCUCAGGCAACCAACAUUCUGUUCGCACUGUCGUGAAUUUAUAUGGGGCUUGGGCAAGCAGGGCUAUCAGUGUCAAGUAUGCACUUGUGUGGUCCACAAGAGAUGUCAUAAAUUGGUGAUAACCAAAUGUCCAGGAAUGAGAGAUGAGGGUAAAGGAACUGGAUUACAGUCGAAUCAAGAUACAGAAAGCCCGCGCUUCAGCAUAGAUAUGCCACAUCGCUUUGUUGUUCAUAAUUACAAGAGAUUUACAUUUUGUGACCACUGUGGAUCACUGUUGUACGGUUUAUUCAAGCAAGGUUUACAAUGCGAAGCUUGUAACAUGAACGUUCAUAAACGAUGUCAGAAAAAUGUACCAAACAGUUGCGGUAUCAAUACUAAAGCUAUGGCCGACAUUCUGAAAACGAUGAAUAUCUCUGCGGACAAGCAAGUCAAAACUCCGAAAAUUAAUUACAGAGUAUCCACAUGUCCGUCAGCACCCACAGUCACAGUUACGGACGAAAUGGCGACAGACAAUUUACAAGCGAAAGGAGCGGAAACACCAAUUAAUGCCAAUGAAAACGCAGUGCCUGUUAACGGCAGUGAACCAAGAAAAUUUGGUAUACAUGAUUUUAAUUUUAUCAAAGUCCUCGGUAAAGGCAGUUUUGGUAAAGUGAUGCUAGUAGAACGAAAGACUAAUCCCGAUGAAGUUUACGCCGUGAAAAUCUUAAGGAAAGAUGUCAUUAUUCAAGACGAUGAUGUAGAUUGUACAAUGACGGAGAAAAGAAUCUUGGCCCUAGCAGCAAAGCAUCCUUUUCUGACAGCCAUCCACAGUUGCUUCCAAACUACUGACCGACUCUUCUUUGUUAUGGAAUAUGUAAAUGGAGGUGAUCUUAUGUUCCAUAUUCAGAAAGCUCGAAAGUUUGACGAAGCGAGAGCACGUUUUUACGCGGCAGAAGUGACACUUGCCCUUCAGUUUCUGCACAAAAAUCACGUUAUAUAUCGCGAUCUAAAAUUGGAUAAUAUACUGCUAGAUUCGGAGGGACAUUGUAAACUGGCAGACUUUGGAAUGUGUAAAGAGAAUAUAAUCGAAGGACAAACGACCACAUCGACAUUUUGCGGCACGCCGGAUUAUAUAGCUCCCGAGAUACUGCAAGAAUUGCAGUAUGGUGCCAGCGUCGAUUGGUGGGCUCUCGGAGUUUUGAUGUAUGAGAUGAUGGCUGGUCAACCACCGUUCGAAGCCGAUAACGAGGACGAACUUUUCGAAUCAAUCUUACGAGAUGAUGUACUAUAUCCGAUAUGGAUUUCUAAGGAAGCCGUGUCUAUUUUGAAAGGUUUUAUGACUAAAAAUCCUGCCAAGCGAUUAGGUUGUGUCGCAGCCAAUGGUGGCGAAAAUGCCAUAAAGGUCCAUCCAUUUUUCCAACACAUGGAUUGGGAAGCGCUUGAAGCACGCAGAGUGAAGCCACCUAUUAGACCUAAAAUUAAAAAUGAGAAAGACGCUAUGAACUUUGAUACGGAAUUCACAAAAGAAGAUCCCGUGUUAACACCGGAAGACGCGGAGGAAGUGAGCUACAUCAAUCAAGAGGAAUUUCGCGGUUUUUCCAUGGUCAACAAGGACUUUAAUCCAGCCAGGUGGCGAAUGCGCUAAACAACGCAAAGUUGGAAAUCAGCGUUUUGAAGCUGCUCGAGAUCUCCUUUGGCCAAUUACGUCUGAUGGAGAUGAUACGUCUGUUCACUGCAAGAAUGGAAGUAUUCGACUAAUUGAGGCACAUUGAUGGCGAUCCGAAAUACUAAAAAUUCGGAAAUGUUAGCCAAACCAUCAAGAGAAUACCGGAGUUUCAUUUUCUUGAGAAUUUGCGUUUUUGUGGAGAUAUUUUUUAGCUGUUGCAGGAGCGCGAUGAAUUGAUUCAACUCGAAUGAUAGAAAAGCGCAUUUUAUUACAGCACAUUGUGCAAAAUUGGCAGAAAUUGCAAAUUUUUUACUAUCAUUUUUGCGAGGAGCGCUAGAGAGUCGGUACUACUGGAAGUAGAAAUCAAGAGAGUUUUACGACGUGUUGUAUGAAAACGAAUUGCUGGGAAGCGCAAUUGCUGUUCAUUGCGGCGUGGUACAAAUGAAAUAAAAGGUAGGCUCUCGUACAAAAUGAUAUGGAUGAUCGCUGGGCGAUUAACCGAUUCACUUUGUAAAGUGAUAUAUACCUAAAUUAUUUAAUAUUAUUAGAAACGUGCGAUGAGAUUCCAAUUUCGUAUAGAUUUAUAUAAAAUAGGUGAUUAAACAAAUUUGACAGGAGAAAUACCAAUCUUUGCCAGCUUUUUAAUAUAUUGUUUUUUUCUAACUAUUUUUGUUUUUAUUUUUUUUUAUUUAUUAUUUUUUUUUUUUAAUUAGAACGUUUUUUAUUAACGAAUUUUAUCGGAUAAUCUUAUCGAUGUGGAUUGUGCGUACAGAAUAAAGUCGGAAAUAUUAUUUAUUUAUUUUUUUUUAAUAUAAAUUUAAUUAAGUUUUGAUCUGACGAUUUUAUUUAAUAUUGUGUUAAGUAGAUGUAUAAAUCAAAUUUAUAUUUACAUAACGGCUUGGCACUUAAAACGUAUUUUAUUGUUUGAGAAUCUCUAUUAUGAGAAAAUAACACGUUGUAAUACGAACAAGUGAAUAAUAUCCAUGAAAAAAUUUAAAUUUAACUGAAUAUUACUUAAAAAAUAAGUCGAGUUUAGUUUUUAAAAACGUAAAAUUUUUGACGGAUUUGCGCUACGACGAAGAUUAAACAUAAGCUGGGCUUAAGUUUUAAGUAAUUCCAACAUUUAUAAAUGACGAGUUUAUGUAUAUAAGAAUCUGUGCAUUAGGAUAGAUCAGCGUAGAAAGAAUCGAAAAAUCGACUCUCGUUUCGUCUGGUUGUUGUCCAGCGCCAAUCGAAUGAGGUCGAAAAUUUUCGUCGAGCUUUACACACAUACACGUAUACACACACAUACAGAGGAGCAUCUCGCAGCGCUUCUCAGGAUCUAGUAAGGCAUGGAGACGAGCGAGAGGAGGCGAUCGUAACACUCUAAAAGAAAGGAACAAACUCUCGCGGCGAGCAUAUAUAUAAAUUUGCACACUUGCGAUUCUCGGCGUCUCUUACAAUUUUAAAAAGGCGCGUGAGGUGCAUAUAAUACAUAUGUAGUCAUGAAUAUAAAACACACACAUUAGCAAAAAAAAAAAAGAGAGGAGAGAGAAUGUAUUAUACAUAGAGAAAAAUAUCAAAUUUACCAAAAUAUUGAGCAAGUCCAUCUAGCGAUUUUGAUGCACCUUUCGCGAUCCUUAAAUGUGUUAUCUUUAGAUAGGUAUCUUUGAACAGGCUUGGACUCGUAUACUUAAUCUAAUAGUAAGCUGAAAGCUCUUUAGAUAUAAGAGUGGGUAAUAGUAAUAUUUUGUUAGUGACUUUUAAGCACGUGGCACGUUGUAGUUAUGUAUCAGUAAACAUCUUCGUCUUCCCGGGUCGGCAAGGGAUGACGAGGAUAGAAAGAAGAAAUGAACAUGCGAAAGAUAUAUUCAGACUUUAGUGUACGUGUCAAAAUGUGCAUCAUCCAGCUUGCGCCAAAGAUUUAAAAUUCACGCGUUCCAACAUACGCGAGAGAACGAACCGCAAAUUGUCAAGCCCCACUUUUCGAAUUUUACGGUUCUGAAUCUUUGGCGCGAAUGCGAGAGUUGUCAUUGAUGAUUCUACUAACGCAUAGAUAGAAUUAUAGAAGUAUAACGAUAAGUUCUAAACAAAAAAAGAAACUUUAGUGUUUAAACAUAGUAAUUGUGAAGCGAGAGCGCAGAAUCGACAGCAACGUCAAAAUCGUGCGAGUUAUUAGCGGGAAUCUCUUUGGCGUGUGCCUCCGUCAACGAGCUAGUUUGGGCACAACUUUCAGCUCCAGAUUUAUAGCCCUCCUCUUUUUCGUGGUAACACGGCUCGUCGACGAUGACACGCGCCGACUCGGUGUCGUCAUAUAUCGUCUUUGUGUAAACGUACAUUUUUAUGUCCUUUCUAGAUCUUAGACCCGCGAGUAAAAAGAAAAAUAGACACCCGUGGAACGAGAGGAUCGUCCUUAUUUCCUGGACAUCGCGCGAGCCUGUGUAAAUGCCAGCGCGCGCUUCGAGCCUGUGCAGGACUCGAAGCGCGGGAUUCUUGUGCACCUCAUUCAAGGACAAUCGGGGGUGUCCAGGAAAAGAGACUUCCGUAGCCAUACGUCGAGCAUUUGUUGCACGAUUUUUAGAUCCUAUAAAACGUAAGAUGCACGCGCGCGACGUUGUCGAUACAUACACGGAGAGCUCUUACAUAUAUGUAUAAUAUAUACUUAAGGUGCAAAACACACAAUGCUCGUCGCUUUCGCGCGUCAUUUAUUAUCAUCAUUAGGAUCAUCAUCAUCAUCAUCAUCAUCAUCAUCAUCAUCAUCAUCAUCAACAACAAUGGUCACAUCGGGGCGAACGUUGUGGCCAAUCGUUUCAACAGCUUUCGCUUGUACAGCAAUAAUUAUCGACCAGCAGAUUAUAGUGUUCUAAGCGUAACAGUGGUAUUGACCGUCCGACCGAGACCAUGUCGAUACUUUUAUUUUCCAUGUAUAUCUCCGCGUGUAUGAUUGUUGAUUCACAAAAGCGCGCUACGUCGUCAUCCCCGAGAUCGACGACGUAAUCGGAGAUUAUCAGUUAGCGUUACUCGUCCGCUUAUAUCUGUCGGCGUUUUUUUUCUUGUUCCGUGAUUUAUCUAUUUAUCUAUUUUAUUCGAUCCGUCGACGCGAUAGAAAACCGUCUCGAUGUAAAGGUACCUGAUGAAGGCGCAAGACGAUCGAUGAUCUCUAAUCAUGUUUGACGACGUCACGAAUAUGGAGAGACACGCGAGCGUUAUCAGAACAAUUGUCGAUUAAAAACUCUCGCUUCGAAGAACAUCUGUGCUAAUCAGAAAAUGCUAUUGAUAAUUGAGGAAUCGAGAGAUAGCGCUCGAAGCUUCGUUGGCGUAUGUGCAUUUACUAUAAAUCUAGUCAAAACGGAGAUUUACGAAAUAAGUCGGCUUUUUUUUUUUAAAGAUUCAAGUUGAUGGAGGAUGAAUCAAAUUCCAUAGAAAGAAAGAAAGAGAGAGAGAGAAAGAGACGGGUUAGUCCGGCCUACGCUUUAAAAAGAGAAAAAAAAAAAAACAUUAUAUAAAGACGGUCUCGUGCGUUAUUUCGAAAGAAAAUUACAGCUAUACCGUGUACCUAUGUAUUGUUACUAGUGUCUAGGAUUACGAUGUGUAUGUGUAUUAAAAUCCGAAAAACAAAUAUGUGGGCGCGGAGAAUAUUCUCCUUUUCUUAAACUUAGAUAUAUUGAUUGCAAAUCGGAUGUCUACUUUUUGGCGCACUCGUCUCAGUACUAAUUUAUUAUCGCAAUUUAUGAGUUCGCGUAUCACACAUAAUCUCGAUGAUCGCUGAACGGAUUUCUCUACGAAAGAACAAUUGCCGUCCUCAGCACAUCGAUUCGACAAAAUCGAUGUAACGUCAAAAAUUCCCUUCGGAUCUCAGUGAACCUUGUGAUAAGCUCCCUCGAGAACACCUCGAUAAAUCGAAUUGUUGUCCGUACGAGCGAUGCAGUGAUUUCUAAGUUCAAGUUAGACGGUAUCCUAACUUAUCGUCCUCGACGGUCAUCGAGAAGCGCGAGAGAACGGGUUUAUAUCAAUUUAAUUCUAUUAUUAAGAUUUACUAAUUUUUAUUAUUUCGCGGCGUCAUGCUCUUUUAUUAAUUUUGCGACAGUGUACAAAAUAUAUUAUAAGUGUUUUAACUUAUACAAAGUAUUUCCCCAAAGUUGCGCGCGUGAAUUUUUAUUUAAAGAUUUAUCAUUUAUUUGAUUAAGACAAUAUAUUUAUUAAACUCUUAAUCUAACUCUCCCGUUAUGAUGAAUUAUAUUUUUAUUUGUACUUUUUGUGAAUCGGCUUUGUUUAAUUUAUGGAAUAUAUUCUAUAUGAAUCGAUUAUAAAUUCGUCGGUAAUGGAAUGUAUUAUAUACGAAUCGACGAAUUCGUCGUUAAGAUUUUUAUAUUAAUUGAUGGAAUUUGUGUGCAUUUUAUCGUAAUCUUUAAUUUUUCUAUAGUGUUUUUUUUUCUUUUUUAGUAGUUUUGUACUUUCGAGGAAGAACUGUCGUCAUUGAAAUAUAUUAUUUAUUUAGCUUAAUAUAUCGACGAUGUACUCCGCGUCGAUUUCUUCGAUCUAGUAUUUGUCGUGAGAUUCUUUUGUAACGACUAGUCAAUCAUUUAUGCACAAAGAACUGUUGUUAUGCAUGUUAUCGCUAUUUUCCUGCAUCGUCAGCUUGCAUCUAUCUGCGUUAUGUUCUAUUUAGAGAAUAGAGAACUUGUAUUACAUUUAUUGGAGAGACUGAGUGUGCUUGAAAAAGAUAUAUAUCUUCGAAAUGAAUUGAAAGGGCAGGCGCAGAUGUGUGGAUUUGAUGUUAAUCUCUAAGUUGUACGUAUAUGUGUAUAUGUAUAUGUGUGUUUGCUAUGUGUAUAUGUAUAUAUACAUAUAUACAUAUAUAUACAUAUAUAUAGCGCAUUAACAAAAAAUGAUAUAAUUAUUAUAAUGUAAAAAAAAAAAUGAUAAGAAAGAAUUAACAUUGUUGCAAUAUAGAGUAAUUAAGCGAGUAGGGUUUUGUGACUAUCGACGAUGGUACCUUUUUCCUUUCUAGGAGAUAUAUAAUUUAUAAGGAUUAUACGUGUAUAUAUAUGUAUACAUGCAUAACGCACAUUAUACGUAAUGUUCUUUUUAUUUCUUCAGAUCUGUGUUAAAAUCCUUAAGUUCGAUUUCAGUUCAACGAUCUUGGUAUCAUUGCUUUCAGAGAGAGUCAGGAGGGGACGCGAAAACAUUAAGAAUUAAGAUAAGAUAAAAAAGGGACCAAUGUCGCUGAAGCCGAAUAAGAAUAUCCUGGAUUUUAUCCCUGGUCUGAAAAAAAUAAGAAGAACAUACGACGCAUACAUACAGCAGAAUUUCAUAUAUUGUCUUAUGCCUGUGUGCACGAUGUGUUGGAUAAAACAUUCUAAAAAAGGGAAAAAAAGAAACGGGAAAGCUGUGUUUAAUAAAUUAGAACCGGGGGUUCCACUUUGAUAACGUUAAUCACGAUCACGCUUGAUGAAGCCGUGUACUUUGUAAUAAUGUAAAAACUGAAAUUGAGAGAACACUUGCCAGGUUUAGAGAGUAGAGUAAUCAUAAAUUUUUCUUAUUUUUUUUUCUUUUGUUUGUGAACAGGAAAAUUGAUGAACGAAUUAGCGGUUUUUGUGGCGUUCAUUUCAUUCAUUUUGAAUCUGUGUUGCUUAAGAAAAUUCAAUUAUAUGUACAUUACACUAUGCAUACACAUUAACACACGAUAUCAUAGAACAUAUUUGUAAACCGGAAAUGCAAAACUCAAUGUACGAAUGUCAAUGUUUUAAUUUUCUUACUUUUAUAUUUUUUGGUGUCUUUUUAUAAUUUUUUUUAUGAUUUACAAAUGUGUACUUUAUUGUUUUUAUUUCAGUUUUUGUGUAACUAUAAUAAUUUUUUCGUUUUAUAUAUAUAUAUAUAAAUUUUCUUAAUUCUAGUUUUUUUGUUUUCUUUUUUUUUUUUUGACAUUUGCAUAAUUUUGCGUUUUCGAUCUACAUUUAAUUAGAACUACAUUUAUUAUUAAAAAUAAAAAGAUUAGAUUAUUUGUAUCUAUGUAUUACUUAAUAUAUAGCUUAACUGAAUGUACCUUGCGAUAAUCGAAUUUCUUAGAAUAUCUCGCAGAUUAUAUCAAUGCAUAGUUUAACGUUGAAUUGAACGUACAACUUCCUCCAAUAACAAAAUGGACAAAAAGAGAGAAAUGAAGGAAACAGCCGUCCGCAAUAAUCGAAAUAUAGGAAUCUGACGGGUAAAAUUGAGCGAAAUACUCUGAAGAAAUAAUUGGAGAUGAUCGCUGCAUUAUAUAAUUGCGCUAACUGAUCGUUAACUUUGUAUGUAGCGAAAUAUAUAAGAUAUGUAUUACAUUAUUUGUCGUUAAACGGCUUUACGUAGGAAAAUUCGCGUAUGCACAUUAUCUAAAAUGAAAGAUCGGGAAUUGCUUUAUUUUAGGAAUAUGUCUCCGUCACCUAAAUUAUUAGCUCCGGAUAUAUAUAAAAUUAUGUUGUGAGUGUUGUUAUAUUAAAUAUUAUAUAUUUAUUAUAUCCGUUGUAGAGAGACUUAGUCCGCACUCUAUUUGCGCCACACUUAUAUUCGCCGGAAAACCAGCGAAACGUGACACAUACAUUCAGCGACCGCAUACGAAAGGCAAACAUGUAUUUUUUUAUAUGUAUAACACACGAUGCUUAUAUACCCUAUAAUAAAAAUAUCGUCUCGUGUUAUUUCGCGCGAGGACUUGCGCGUAAUCUAUUUUGCGUAAUUUCGAAUAGCGUUUGUUACUUAUUAGAGUUUUUUGUACAGUGUUAUAUUUGGGAGUGCAUCGUUCGCGCGACAGUGCAGGGCCUCUAAUCCUGAACGAAUCACGCAUACAGGCAAAUACGCAUAACUAAUCGUCGGGAGGGAAAAUAAAAAGAAAAAUGGAAAAAUUAUCCAAAGUCUCUUUGCGCUAUCGUCAUCUUCGUGAAGGUUUUUUUUUUUCUUUCCCCGACGUUCACUGCGUUAUCAAUCAUAUGUGCUGAUUCUACACUUGAUAUGAAUUAUACUCAAGCCUAUCUCGUCACAAUAGAUAUCGGUAUAUAAAUCUAUGUGCGUGUGAAUGUGCGUGUAGACAUGAUAUGCACAAAGAGUGGCCGAAUCGAGAGAAGUCUGAAAAAAAUAUAAUUUAUAGAUAUAUUUAUAAAUAUAUAAUUGUGAUAGAGAGAGAAACGCGCGCGUGCAAAACCGGCUCUCGGAAACUUUGUUAACGCCUCUUAAUUAAUUAGUAUAAUUUAUAAACAAGAAACAAAGUGAACAAGAAGCUUUUUCUUGUUUUGCGAAAUUCUUUUAUAGUUUUAUGAAAAGUUACAAUGCGAAUCUCUAUAAUUGCGCAAAUUGGUUGCCAAAAAACGAGGCCCCGGUUCUGCACCCGCGCUGCUAGAGAUGUUACGAUUAGCGAAUGUUACGAUGAAUGAGCAUUAUCGAUUUCUUCUAUUUAUAUCUCGUUAACCGUAGUGUCAAUAUAUUAGAUUAUCAAGUGUUAUUAUCUGGUGCUCUGAAGGCCGAUGUGUUCCCUCCAAGUAUUUUUUCCGAAUCUGUGUUUUAGAGACAGCUACGAUACGCUGUUUCAUUAUGAUCUCGCAUCUUGACAGCAUCUUAAUUUUUUUUUAUAUACAUCGGAGGGAAUCCGGUUAUCAAAUAUAGUUAAUAAAUGAUAUGUACGAUGUAUACUUUGUUGCAUAUAUAUAUAUAUAUGUAUUUGAUUUAUGUAGCGUGUCACGGACUGGCGAUCCAUAUUCUAUGUCUUUACUCGAUCCAUGCGAGUUGUUGUAAAAUUAUUUUCUGCGAUGUUACGUUGUAUUAUUUCGCGAAUGUACUUGGUGAAAAAAAUCCUAGUGUCGUAGCUUAUGCGUGUAGUGAACGAUCGUCGGUCUUGUGACGCAGCAUACGGCCGUUUCUCGCUUCUCGAAAGAAAAAAAGAAGGAAGAAGAAAUUUAAGAUGCUUGAAGGACUGAGUCACAUGUGUGUAUUAAGGCUUUCGGUGUUUUCUUAUAUAGAGAUAAUCACACAGGCUAUAGAGUGUGUUAGAAACCACCCGGUGCACGAGAUACCUGUGUUUUUUCUGCGAGAAGCAUUUAUCCUUCGGAUUAUUUCCGGAGCGACAAUAUGCUUAUUUUUAGCGGACACGCCGUCUUUCUCUCUACGUAUCCCUAAAGAAUCUCAGCGAUUUAAUUGCAAGUGCCAAAAAAAAAAAAGAAAAGAGACGCCAGCGAAUGUAAAACAUGUCCUCGUAAACGCAUAUGGGAUACAUACAUUCUGUAGAAAUUUUACGGCGAUCUAACAGAUACUUAAACUCGCAGACGCGAUGGUAACAAUCUUUGAAUAAUAUAUCAAAAAUAUAAUUAAUAUAUAUUAUAUAAAUAUGCAUUAGUAUUAUAAUUAUAAUUAUAUAUAUAAUAUAGGCUCAUCUACUUAAAAGUCGAUCAGCUUAUAUGUAUAUAUUAUAUAUAUAAAUUAUAAUUUAAUAUUAUAUAUUUAUAUAAUAUUCACGUCACACAAAUCGACAUUCUAUCGCAUUCUAUUUAGAAAAAUCAUUUUAUUCCGGCGGAAUCAUUUUGCAUAUAAAAAGAGUAGAAUGCGUUCGAGAAACGAGGAAAGUGAAAAAUCGAGAACGAUCAAAUCGUGAUGUUUAUACGGUAAAAUCAGAAGAAGAGAGCACAUCCAAAAAGGUUGACAAUCGAAGAAGACAAAGUGGAAACAAAUGAGAUGAAAUGCAAUUAUCCGCAUCCACCUUGACGAUUGUCGUCAUAAAAAAUAGAUGUGGUUAUUUAUCGCCAUAAUUAAUUAUUACCGUUAUUAUAACAAUUUUAUUAUAUUCGUCGACUAUUGUAAUUGCCCUAGCGUUAUUGUUAUUAUUUUUUUAAUUAUAAUAAUUACUGUUAUGAUUAUUGUGGCGAUUAUUCAAUGCAAAUAACUACGCGUGCACAAAUGAUUGCCUCUGUCUUUGCUGUCUUGAUUUGGCUUCCUUUCUCGGUGCUGUGGCCACAAAGCUGUGUAGGAUUAAACGAAUGCAAAAGUUACAUAUAUAUAAUAUAUAUGUUGUAAUAAAGAGAUAUAAAAUAUACUGGCACCAGAGUUAAACUGGCUCGUGUCGCACAAGCAAUUACACGGGCAAUCGCCAAAGGGAGCGAACACUGUUAUUUGUCUGAUUAUUGUCUAAAAAGUCACAAAUAAAAAGAAGAUAUAGAUAAUUAUA